AUGGUCGUAAUCGAUGAGAUCCACUUCCACGGCGGUCGAGUCCUACGUGACGUGCCCGGCGGUUCCGGAUUUUACAGCACGUUGGGCGCCCGUCUUGCUGUCCCACAGAGUGAGAGCAAGACCAUUUGCUGCCUCAUCCCUGCCGGCGACGACUUUCCCUCCUCUGCGAUAAGCCAGAUCCAAGACUGGGGGGUUGAGGUGAAGCUGCAGAAGAUUGCGGGAAGCCCGUCCACGCGGGGAUUGCUAUGCUACAAAGAUGAUGUUUUUGGAGACAAGACAUUCCGAUAUACAUCACCGCCCCUCCGUCCGGAUCUCUCCAAGCUGCCUGAAGCUCUCCUCCGCUCGUCCGCCAUUCAUACAUUGGCUUCACCAGAGGAUCUCGCGUCGCAAACUGAUACCUUGAAAACGCUACGUGGCAUGUCGACGACAACCCAGCCGCUGAUCGCGUGGGAACCCUCGCCUCUCCAUUGCAAGGGUGCAUGGAAAGACCACCUGGACGUCGCAGGCCGCGUUGGCGUGGUAUCUCCAAACGACAACGAAGUAACGGCGAUGCAGGGCACCGGGUUAGGCACACCGUAUAGCAGGUCGCGGGUCGAGGCCGCCGCGUCGAUGAUCUCGGGCGACUGGGACACGGAUGAGAUGCUCGAGAGGCGCUGGGUUACGGUCGUGAGAUGCGGCGAGCACGGGUGCCUCGUCAUCCCGCGGUGCGCCGACCCCCUGUGGCUGCCGCCGUAUCACGAUAUCGGGUCUGAGAAGGUCGUCGACGCGACGGGCGCGGGGAACGCUUUCCUGGGUGCGUUUGCCGUUGCGUUUGAGAAGAUGGGCGACGAGGUGCUCGCUUCGGCGUACGGUGCUGUCGCGGCUAGUUUUGUGAUUGAGCAGGUCGGACCGCCUGGGAGGGAGGUGGUUGAUGGACGGGAGGUUUGGAACGGGGAGGAGUUCGAGGCGAGGUUGAGCGGGUAUAAAGACAAGCUUGCGUCGUGGGAUACAAGGGUGGAAAGUCGAGAUUUGUUCAAGAGGAACCCGGAGUGGCGUGGACGAUGGGGAGUGUUGUUUGGAUAG